AUGAAGCUCUCGACGAGCCAAUUGCUCCUGGCGGGCAUGUGCGCCGCGCUGCCGCACUACGACAGCCCGCGCCAGCGCCUCCUCAACGGCCUCGACAUCCCCGACAAGUUCCUCGGCAAGGCCAGCAAGGCGGCGAACACUAACGGGCGGCCAUACACGCCGGGCCACCGCGACCCCUACGACUCCAAGGUCGACCCCAUCGGCGAGGACCUCGACCCGCGGCCCUGGCGCAACGGCCUCGGCGCCUCCGUCCUGGGGCCGUACAACCGCGACCGCUCGCGCCAGAGCCCGGACAUGAUCCGCCCGCCGAGCACCGACCACGGCAACGUCGCCAACAUGCGCUGGAGCUUUACCGACUCGCACACGCGCAUCGAGGAAGGCGGCUGGACCCGCCAGACGACGGUGCGCGAGCUGCCCACCAGCGUCGAGCUGGCCGGCGUCAACAUGCGCCUCGACAGCGGCGUCAUCCGCGAGCUGCACUGGCACAAGGAGGCCGAGUGGGCCUACGUCCUCGACGGCGAGGUCCGCGUCACGGCCCUCGACUACGAGGGCGGCAACUUCAUCGACGACCUCAAGAAGGGCGACCUGUGGUACUUCCCCAGCGGCGUCCCCCACUCCCUGCAGGGCCUGGGCGAGAACGGCACCGAGUUCCUGCUCAUCUUUGACGACGGCCACUUUUCCGAGGAGUCGACCUUUAUCCUGACGGACUGGCUGGCCCACACCCCCAAGUCGGUCAUCGCCGAAAACUUCCACCUCGACCCCGAGGUCUUCAAGCACCUGCCCGCGGGCGAAAAGUACAUCUUCCAGGGCUCCAAGCCCGGCUCCAUUGACGAGGAGCGCCCCACGGGCAAGCACGUCAAGAAGAGCAAGUACAACUUCACGCACCGCAUGCUGGACCAGGAGCCCAAGAAGACGAGCGGCGGCGAGGUGCGCAUCGCCGACUCGACCAACUUCCCCCUCUCCAAGACGGUCGCCGCCGCGCACGCCAUCAUCGAGCCGGGCGCCCUGCGCGAGAUGCACUGGCACCCCAUGGCCGACGAGUGGUCCUUCUUCAUCCGCGGCCGCGCCCGCGUCACCAUCUUCGCCGCCGAGGGCAACGCCCGCACCUUCGACUACAUGCCCGGCGACGUCGGCAUCGUCCCCAAGAACAUGGGCCACUUUGUCGAGAACAUUGGCGACGAGCCCGUCGAGAUGCUCGAGAUCUUCCGCUCCGACCAGUUCCGCGACUUUUCGCUCUUCCAGUGGAUGGGUGAGACGCCCCAGCGCAUGGUCCUCGACCACCUGUUUGCCGACGACAAGGAGGCGGGCGAGAAGUUUUGGAAGGAGGUUCAGGACGCAAAGAAGGACGAGAUCACCAAGCCCUGA